UCAGUUCUGGUUUGGCUCAUCUCUUAUGCCAGUUCUGUUGUCUCAGAAAGAGGCCAAAUUCACUUCCACACAGAGAGAUAAAAAUACACAUUCCCUUAUCUUUUUUUGUAUAUAAAGAACAGUUCUGUGGGUUUAAUAAUUCUCAUCUCUUGUCCGGACAUAGACACAAAAGAUGGAAGCCUUAAGACGCAGAAGAGGAAGCAGAGAGAACAACAAAAGUCCAGAGAGGAUAAUAAGGUCUUUGAAUCUUCAGCAUCAAGAUGAAGAAGAAUUAGAAGAAGAGGUCAAGACAAAGAAACCCAUUUUCAGAAGAGUCCAAGUUGUUUAUUACCUCACUAGAAAUGGCCAUCUCGAACACCCUCACUUCAUUGAAGUCAUUUCUCCGGUUAACCAGCCUCUCCGGUUAAGAGAUGUGAUGAACCGGCUUACGGUUCUAAGGGGGAAGUGCAUGACAUCACAAUAUGCUUGGUCUCGUAAAAGGAGCUAUAAAAAUGGAUUCGUGUGGAACGACUUAGCUGCAAACGAUGUGAUUUACCCAUCGGAUUGUGCUGAGUAUGUGUUGAAAGGAUCUGAAAUCGCCGACAAAUUUCAAGAAGUACAUGCAUUGUCUGGUCCAAUUCAAGAAGCUCCAAAAAGUCGACUUCUCAGGUCAAAACCCAAACCUCAAAACAGAACAACGUCGUUUGAUGAUGAGUCAGAGCUUUACGUCAGAGCAGAGCAAGAAGAUGAAGAAGAAGAAGAAGAAGAAGAAGACGGAGACUACGAACUUUACGAAGAGAAAACGAGUUAUACAUCUUCCACUACGCCUCAAUCUCGCUGUUCCCGAGGCGUUUCAACUGAGACAAUCGAAUCCACCGAUCAAAAACAGAACUUGAGCAAGAAGACAGAACAAGAUUCGCAAGUACGUUCUGACUCGUCCGAGUUACGUCGUUCUAACCCGGUGUUGGAGCAGCCGCGUCGUCGGCUCGACGUUUCGACGCGGGUCGUCGAAGACGGGGAUCCGGUGGAACCCGGAUCAGGUCGUGCGUCUAUUUGGCUGCAGAUGAUCUCGUGCGGGCACAUGGCCACCAAGUACUACGCACCGGGUGUGAUGAAUCCGAGACAAAAGGAAGAGAGCCUUCGAAAAGGAGUUCUGUGCAAGAACAUUGUGAAGAAGACCGUCGUGGACGACGAACGUGAGAUGAUAAGGUUCAUGUCGGAGAAUCCAAGGUUCGGGAAUCCUCAGGCGGAGGAUAAAGAGUAUUUCAGCGGGAGCAUUGUUGAGUCGGUGAGUCAGGAACGAGUCACGGUUGAACCAUCGCUGAGACGAUCCAAUUCGUUCAAAGAGGAAAGAUCAAAGAUCGUGGAAAUGGCUGAUGAAACGAAAAAGAAAGAAGAAAGAUCGAUGGUGAAGGUGAAAUGUAUACCGAGAACGUGUUUAAUGUCAUCGUCGAAGCAAAUCAAGAAGUAAAAAAAGAAAAAUUUGAUAUAGAGGAGUAACGAAUGAUUAUUAUGGGAGUAGUAUUUUAGUACUUUACUGCUAAAGAUAGAUGCAGUAAAUUUGGUAAGCGGUAUUGAAUUUUAAUGACUAGAUGUUGCUGUUUUUUUAUGUAUUAUCGGAAAUAUAUUUUCUCCACUUUAUCUGACUAGUUGUUGAAAAGCAAGUGGAAAAUGGAAAAAUUCAGUUUAAUCUUAUGGGAAUCUAAAUCUA